AUGAUUCGUGUCAUGUGUGAAGACUUUGCAUCGAGUCUGAGGUUAAUCAGGGAAGUUUCCCAGCAUGCCUCAGGGGUGGAAGUGUAUGAGGUGUAUGAAGGGGAGGAGUCUGUCCUGCUGCCCUGUCAGGUACCUGUCAAUGUUUCCAGUAGCUCCACAGCAGUGGUCUGGGACCGUGAUGAGUUCAAGAUCCCAACAGUCCACAUGCGUGUGCAGAGCGGAGAUGAUAUUCUGAAUGAUCAGAACCAUCGUUACACCAACCGAACAUCGAUGAAAGCCAACGCCCUGCAAAUUGGAGACCUCAGCCUCACCCUGAGGAACCCUACAGUCUCUGAUGGUGGGACCUACACCUGCAUCGUCCGCAAAUAUGGACAAGAUCAGAGCAAGGCCCAAGUGCAACUGAAGGUCAAAGAGCGUCCUCCGACCUGGCCCUGGGUCCUCUCUGGCAUCCUGGCUAUCUUGGCUCUCCUGGCUAGGAAGGGGAACCCCGACAUACCCGACACACAGAUGUGUGUCAUCUGUCAGGAGAAGCUAGCUAAUGUGAACAUGGCUAAAUGA